UGGCUGAUAGGUAAUUAAAUACAGUAGAUGUUUUCAUCUGCUUCAUAGAAAUCUGAUUGUACAAUCCUUGGGUUUACGGGAGGAUGAAAUGGCCUUUUCACAUACAUGCUGCCAGCUGUUAAAUUUAUGGAUCAUCAAUUUUCAUUUUCCAGCUUAUUACUCAUAAUAAGGUAUUUAGGUUUUCCACAUUGGUUUCAUUAACAAUUUAAGACUUGAAACAGCAAAACAUGGAUAUGCCAGCAUUUUCAUCAUAAUUCAUCAUAUUAUUUGAUUCAAUUUAGAUUGUUUUUGAUCAGUACUUCACGUUUAACACAUUUAUUUAACAAUUACAAUAACAAUAAAUCCUUAUUUCCCUGGCUCCGCAGAUAGCAGUGCUAAUCGAGGUGGGCCAGGAUAAUCAGUAAAAGAAGUGGAAAAUACACACAGUUAAGCAUAUGGCAUCAUCAGCUUCUGCGCCAUCAUUCCCAUCCACCAAAGAGACAAUCAACUAUGCCCGUCUGUGUCGCCUUCUGGUAGAUGUUGGAACUCAGGUCCUGAGAUACACUUUUGAUGCCAUACACUCUCCAGAAGAACUCCAUACAGUUUUAAAUCGGAACCCUGAGCAUGCAGACUUACAGUCUCUUCGGAAAAAGGGAAUCCUGAAUCCUACUCAAUGGGGGAAGCUGUAUCCAGCUACUUCAUCACCUGUUUCAUCGGCAGACUUUGAUAUAACGCUACUGAUGGUGCUACUGAGGAAUAUUUGUGGUCUGGUUCCUCCCAACACUGGAUGGGACAAUCUUCCCCCAGCUGCAGAUAUGAGUAAAGAGGCCAACAUAGCCAGGCUUAAGUAUUACCGUAAUACUGUAUACGGCCAUGCCAGCCAAGCCUCUGUAGAUGAUGCAAAAUUCAACAGCUACUGGCAGGAUAUCAGCAAUGCCAUAGUAGGACUAGGAGGAGCAGAUUAUGGAGCCGCCAUCGGGAAGCUUAAGAUUGAGUCCCUAGACCCUGAUAAAGAAGAACACUACAGGCAGCAGCUAAAAGAAGAUAUGAGGGAGAUGCAAGAAAACAUUAGAGGUGACAUAAAACAGCUGAGGAAAGAAUUCGGAAAAGUGAGUGAAAAGGUAGACUUUCUGACCACGCAACAAGACGAAACAAACAGGCCAGGUGAUGCUGGGAUUGCUGCUCUGGCUGAAAGUUUGGGCCGCAACAAUUCUCUGAAACGUUUGGAUUUGUCUGGAAAUAAUAUUGGGGAUGCUGGUGCUCGUGCACUGGCUGAGUGUCUAAGAGAUAAUAAAUCCCUGACAAAGUUGUGCUUGUCUUCUAAUGGGAUUAGUGAUGAUGGCGCUGUUGCUCUAGCUCAGUAUUUGAAAGGAAACGCAUCUCUGGAAAAGUUGGAUUUGUCUAGAAAUAACAUAGCUGACGCAGGUGCCGCUGCUCUUGCUGAUUGUUUAAGAGAUAACACAACGCUGACAACGUUGAAAUUGUCUGAUAAUAACAUUGGUAGUGUUGGUGUUGCUGCUCUGGCCAAUUGUUUUCAGGGACGUGCAACACUGAUGGAUUACGAUUCGUCUCAGUAAUGUUCCCCCGAGAAGAUGGGUAACAAACUUAUGAUCAACUUGAAAAGGCGGCAACGUCAGGAGUACUUGCUGACCAAUGACUUUAACCUCGCGGAGGGUAAAUAUACAAUAGCUUCUUUUUCGUCGAUAGCAGGUGCGACAGCUCUAUCAGGGAAAUGAAUUAAUUAAGGGAUUUGUGAGAUAUGAUUCUUGAUUUUUGAUUCGUCAUUUAUUAUGUACUGUAAUGUAACACUCUUUGUGCCUUAUACGCUCUUCUGUAAAGAAGAAUCUCAAAGAAAAAUCGUUUACAUACUUUCAAAAGACUCCGCUGAACAUCUCGUUCAAUGGAGAGAAAAAAACUUACAAUUUAGCGGAAAUAAAUUGAUAGGAGGAUGUUUACGUUUUUGUAAAAGAAAAAAGAAAACACUUCCAAAAGACUCCAAUGAACCUCUACUCUGGGUAUUCUCGUUCAAUGGAGAGAAAAAAAAACUUGCAAUUUCGCGGAAAUAAAUAUGUAGGCAAGGCUGUGCUCUAGCGGCGCCCGGUAGCUUUAGACUACUAACGUUUGGUCCCAGGCGACUGAAAAAAUAUUCCGGUCGCCCAGUCGGGCACUCGGCCUCUUGUGCAGCAUUCGCCUGUAGGGUAAAUCAUGUUUCGUUCCACAUGAUUUCGCACGAACCCAAGUAAUAAUUAUUGAAACAAUAGUUCCUGUCACUUCACACGUAAUAAACCGCACGGAUAUUGCAAAAAUAUGCGUUGAACACCGCGAUUUUCCUUGAGAUGAUCAAUGUCUGAUUUAUUUCAGUGUUUCGAUGGAUUUGGAAAGUGAAGGGCGUUUAUCUUUCUUUCAAACCAAGAUUCGGCAAGAGUACCAUAUAACCCCAUACAUUAAUUGUGCAUUCAGUCUUUGUUCAAUUAAAACAAUAGCGAU